AAUUAAACUACUGGAGUUUACAAAUGGACGUAGUCUAGACUUAGACUAGAUCUAGAAUCGAACUACUCUAGAUUUAAUUAAUUUAUCUUUUUUUUUUAAUUUGAUCAAGACAGAUAAAAUCAUUCUAUAUUAAAAUCUGCAUUUUUUUCCUUUUGUGUAAAUUGCAUUCUCGAGGUCUAUAAAUCAUGGCACAACAACAGCCUCAAGCUGGUGGAGAUAAAAGAAUUGAUGCAGAAAAAGAUAGAGAGAAGAAGAAGAAAGAGAGCAUCCUUGACCUUAAGAAGUAUUUAGACAAACCAAUCAGAGUGAAGUUUAGUGGCGGAAGGGAAGCCAGUGGCAUAUUGAAAGGUUUUGACCAAUUGUUAAAUCUUGUACUUGACGGCACUACAGAAUAUCUCAGAGAUCCUGACGACCCAUUCAAACUAACAGAAGACACAAGAUCUCUAGGACUUGUUGUGUGUAGAGGGACAUCUGUUGUGUUGAUAUGUCCCGCUGAAGGCAUGGAAUCUAUUGCCAACCCCUUCGUCCAACAAGAAUAGAAUCUAUGCAUGACCUUGUUCUGCGAAUGUGUUUGGUGUGUCUGGGAAGUGAGAGGUUUUGUUACAUUGCUGUUGUUUUCAUUUUCUUCAACUUAUAAUCUGUAUUAAACAUUGCAUCAUUCUUUGUAAAAA